UUAGAUUCUUGGUGCAGGGAUCUAUCAAACAACAUUGGUCUAAAAGGAACUUUACCAUCUUCGAUUGGAAAAAUGAAGAAGCUUAGAAUCUUAAUGUUAGUUGGUUGCAGUUUCUCUGGUCCAAUUCCAGAUUCAAUUGGAUCUCUGCAGCGGCUGGUCUAUUUAUCUCUGGCUUCUAACAGCUUCAAUGGGUUAAUCCCACAUUCAAUAGGCAACUUGUCUAAGCUUUCAUGGUUAGAUUUGAGCGAUAAUGAACUUACUGGUACUAUCCCAGUCUCUAAUCACAUGCAACCUGGUUUGGACCAGUUAUUAAGUGUCGAACACUUCCAUUUAGCCAAGAAUCAGCUCUCUGGCACCAUCCCGCCAAAACUCUUCAAUCCUUACAUGAUGCUAAAACAUGUGAUUCUUGAUCACAAUCAACUGAGUGGUGAAAUACCUCAAACUCUAGGACUUGUGCAGACUUUAGAAGUUGUAAGACUGGAUUCAAAUUUACUAAAUGGAUCUAUUCCGGACAACCUUAACAACCUUACGAAUUUACAUGAGCUGUACUUGUCUAAUAACAUUCUGACAGGACCUACUCCCAACCUAACAGGGAUGAAUUACCUUUAUUAUUUGGACCUGAGCAAUAAUAGUUUUAAUGCUUCAGAGGUUCCACCGUGGUUUUUAAGCCUUUGGUCUUUAACGACAAUAUACAUGGUGAACACAAAUCUUAAAGGGCCAAUCCCAGCUGAUGUCUUAAGCCUUCCUCAAUUGGAGACAAUAGUAUUAUCCAACAACAAUCUUUAUGGAACAUUGGACAUAGGCAGCAACUACAACAAAAACAAAAAUUUGACCCUUGAUUUGCAAAAUAAUUUCAUCUCAGAUUUUAAACAGGAAACUGGAUAUAAUAUGGAGAUAAUGCUUAGCGGGAAUCCCAUUUGCAGGGGAAAUAAAGCAACAGAGAAAUAUUGUAUUGUUCAGAAGAAAAACAGUACAUUGUUAUCACUAAAUUACUGCUCUGCUGCCCAAGAUUGUGAUUCAGGCAAAAUACAAAGUCCUACUUGCAUGUGUUCACAUCCUCAAACUGGGACUCUGCACUUCUUUUCCUAUUCCUUCUCGAACUUUGAGAACUGGACUUAUUAUAUAACCCUUGAUAACUCUUUGGAGUCUGCAUUCAUAUCCAGUGGAUUACCUGUGGAAUCAGUUUCUGUUACUGAUCUAACCAUUGAUGUUUAUUCAUACCUCCAGUUCAGAGUGAAAGUCUUUCCUUAUGCAAAAGAUACUUUCAACAGAACUGAAGUUUCGGAUAUUGGUUUCCUGUUCAACUAUCAAGAUUUCCCGCUUCAACAAUAUGGACCAUACUUGUAUAUUGCUGAUGAUUAUUGCUGUUUUGGAGGAGUGAACAAGUCAUCACAUACCAGCAUCAUUGUUGGCGUCUCAGUAGUCACUUCUGUUUUGUUCCUGUUAAUUGUAUGUUCUGCAAUCUAUGCUUUUCUCCAGAGGUCAAGGGCAAAAAGAGCUACUAAAAAGAGCAACCCUUUUGCCUCUUGGGAUGGUGAUAAGAGUGGUAGCAUUCCACAACUUAAAGGAGUAAGGUGGUUUUCAUUUGAAAUGAUACGGAAAUGCACAGACAACUUUUCAGAUACCAAUUGCAUUGGGUCUGGGGGUUAUGGGAAGGUCUAUAGAGGACUUCUUGCCCCAGGGGAGUUAGUUGCUAUCAAACGAGCUCAGCAGGGAUCAUUGCAGGGAGCAUUAGAGUUCAAAACAGAAAUUGAGCUUCUGUCCAGAAUUUAUCAUAAGAAUGUAGUCAACCUUGUGGGGUUCUGUUAUGAGCAAGGUGAACAAAUGCUUGUUUAUGAGUACAUUCCAAAUGGUACUCUAAGGGAAAGCCUUUCAGGAAAGUCUGGUAUUCAAUUAAAUUGGAUGAGGAGACUGAAAAUCGCCCUUGAUGCAGCCAGAGGGUUAGCUUAUUUACACGAGCUCGCUGAUCCUCCUAUCAUACACAGAGAUGUUAAGUCCAAUAACAUCUUGUUGGAUGAUAAUUUGAAUGCUGAAGUUGCAGACUUUGGCAUUUCAAAACUUUUGGGAGAUUCUGACAAGGGCCAUGUCAGCACUCAAGUCAAAGGCACAUUUGGAUAUCUCGACCCUGAAUACUACAUGACUCAGCAGCUAACAGAUAGAAGCGAUGUAUACAGCUUCGGAGUGGUCUUGCUGGAGCUCAUAACUGCAAAACCUCCUAUAGAACGAGGAAACCAUAUAGUGAAAGUGGUGUCUGAAGCAAUAGAUGAUCAAAGCAAUAGCAGAAAACUUGAUCAGGUGAUAGAUGAGAUUCUCACACCUUGUACAAACCUUAAGGGCCUGCAGAAGUUUAUCAACUUGGCCAUGAGUUGUGUACGAGAAUCUGCAGCAGAGAGACCUUCAAUGGGGCAGGUGGUGAGGGAGAUUGAGAAUAUCAUUCAGAUGGCUGAGGCAGUACUACUCACUUCAUCUUCUAGCUUCACUUCAUCUUCUAGCUUUGAUGGUAUUAAUGACGGUUGGAAUAGUAACUAACUUUCACAAACACUAUGAACACAAAAUCACUGUAAUACAUUCAUACACACCCACACACAAAAUGCAAUUACAUUUGUAAUAUAAACUAAAUAUUUGAAAUUUAUGUAGUAAAUGGUUGCUUGAGGCCGGUUUCAAGCAUGUUAAUUGUUGAGAGAACAAGAAACAAUAAUAAUGACAAGUAAAUAAAUGCAAUAUUUACGUGGUUCAA